UACUUUUUACAUGCCAAUAAGUUAGAUGUCACUAUAAAUACCAAGCAUAGAUUGGCAAGUGGUUUUAAAACUUAUAUUAUAGUGAAAUUGUACUGGUAGUGUAAAACCAUUUUUAAGUUCAACUCGAAAUGUCCACCCCAAUGUAUAAUAUGACUGAUAUGUUCACAGAGAAUACUUAUUUAGCUGUCUUCUUUAAUAUUCUAGGUGGUCCUGUUCCACCUUCCAUAUUUGUUAAAAAAGAAUCACUAUCAACUUCUUCUACUAUUUUUACCAUAAUCUCCUUUCGGGAAAAAUUCUCCAUCUUCUUACUUUUAAUGAGAAUCCCAGCCUAUUUUCUUAGGCAUAUAUCAGAAGAGUCACCUGAGAAAGCCACCCUGAAGUGUCUUUCUGGAGGCAUUUGGAAUGUCAAACUACGAUAUGAUGAAGAUGGUUUGCUAAUACACAAUGGUUGGGACAAAUUUCAGAAGAAUAACCAACUAGAAGACGGGGAAUUUCUCGUGUUUAGGUACAAUGGCGGUCUGCAAUUUACAGUAAGAAUAUUCACCAAGAAUGGACUGGAGAGAGAAGUGAAGUCAACAGCCACGGGCAAAAAUCAACAAGCUUCGGUAUAUGAUCGAGGCAGUAAGCAUAAAAGGCCAGCAAAAUAUCCUUUCAGUUCCAAAUUCCCUGAACAGACUCGUGCUAACGGUGAAAAUAGCACAGAACGUGAAACUCCAAGAAAAAGAGCUGCAGUCGAUAAAGCGGAGGAGGGCCUUCUCACUCCAAAUAUUCGACAAUUUGUGAAAUGUUUGAAAGGCUACAAUGUGAAUAAGUCCUGUUUCUUGUAUGUUCCGAAAUCCUUCUAUGAACAACUUAUGAAAUCAGACAAUAAGACAACAGUUGUCCUCCGUAAUUCAGAAGAAAAAGAAUGGAAAGUGAAUUGUAUCGGACGAAAAGGAUAUCGCGCUUUCUGUGGAGGAUGGAGACAGUUUGUGAGUGGUAAUAAGCUUAAGGAAGGAUACGUCUGUGUUUUUCAGCUUGUCAAUGCAAAUGAACUGAAGGUUUCUGUUUUCGACAAUCCUUCGGAAUCUCUGUUGAAACUUGCUGCAGAAAGAUGAAAAAUUCCACCUUUUGAACUGCUCUAGGUUGAUGUUAUUGUGUGUUUGAAUCUGAACGUACUCUAUUGCUGCUUAACAUGGACAACCUUGUUUUCAUUUCCCUUUUUAUGUAUCUGAGUAAUUAGAGUUCUUUAACUUCAUUUUGUUUUAAUGUACAUUUUCUCUUUUUAACUUCGAAUUGCAAGUAUUUACUAAA